UCCAACACAUCGUAUGGGCUCCUCCGCAACAAGCUCAAAGAGCUGUAUACCUCCAGAGAGCGCGACCUGCCACUCAAUGAGAGAUGGGUGUUUCGAGGUGCCUGGCUUCUUCUCAACAUAGCGACACAGUAUUACGCUUCGAAUCCGAGCUACGAAAUCCUCAGAGGUGAAUCUUUAAGGACAAGUGAAGCCCCUCUGCUCCUUGAAAUGCCCCGUGAAAUACAGCCUCUCAAAACCCCUCGAUCCUCAUACUCUCGAGUCAGCCAGGUGCCUACAAUGCCGUAUACGAAGAGCAACGAAGACCCCAUGCGCCGCGAAUCUGCGUUCAGUUUCACUGCCCUCGAGCACGCACAGUGCCAUGUAGCUACGAACUCAUCUGCACUCCCUUCGCCUGCCCUCUUCUUGUAUACUGUCUUUGCAGGAGCUACAGACCGAACGAAGACCGUUCAGGCUGCUGAAUACCUCCUCGGUCACGUUAGGCCAGAGAAGGAUGCUACUGCGAUUCUUAAAGUAGUAGGCGAUCCCACGAAGCGGCUUUCUGGCGACGAAGGUACCGAACUCCGAAACGCGCUUGGCCGUAUGCUCUUCCCGGAGUACAAUGCGCUUUGUUGA